AUGAUUUCCACACGGGGGAUGGACUUUAAGCUCCGGGAAGCUGCUGACGGCCUGGGGGAGGACAGCACAGGAAAGAAGAAGUCCAAGUUCAAAACGUUUAAGAAGCUCUUCGGCAAGAAGAAGAGGAAGGGCCCGCCCAACUCCGGAGGCAGCGCCUGGAAGCAGAGCCAGGCGAAGAGCGAGGUCAUUGCCGUCGAGGCGGGGCCCGUGGGCUACGACUCGGAGGAUGAGCUCGGGGAGGCCCGGGGCGCGCUGGGCGGCCGGGCCCUCUCGCACGACAGCAUCUUCAUCCCGGAGUCGGGGCCGGACCCCGCGCGGCCCGUGCGGGUGUUCUCCCAGGAGAACGUGUGCGACCGGAUCAAGGCUCUGCAGCUGAAGAUACAGUGCCACGUGAACAUGGGGCCGCCCCCGCCGCGGGGCCCUCCCGCCAAGCGGGGCGAGGACCCCGGCAUGAGCUCCGAGGACGACGGGCUGCCCCGGAGCCCCCCGGAGCUGUCCCUGCUGCCCGACGCCGGGCCCGGCACGGCCGUGAAGGUCUCUUUGGCUCCCUCGUCCCGGCCGCCCUCUCCAGACCAGCCCAACUCCGGGCCCCCGGGCGACGCCCCCGCCCGCCCCCGGACUGCGGCCAGCAGCGGGGGGCCCGUGGCUGACUUCAGCUGCCCCCCCGAGUCCUCCUCCUGCCUGGACAACUCCGCAGCCAAGCACAAGCUCCUGGUGAAGCCCCGCAACCAGCGCUCCAGCAAAAUGAGGCGCCUGUCCUCGCGGGCGCAGUCCGAGUCCCUGGGCGACCUGACCUGCACGCCGGAGGAGGAGGAGGAGGCCGCCGAGAGGCCGGUGCCUGCAGCCGGCGCAGAGGAGACGCCCGGCGCCGAGCGGCAGGCGGAGCCCCGGGGACCGGCCCCUGCGCUGCCGCCUGGGGGGCCCCGUGCCCGGCGGGCACGCCUGCAGCACUGCCCCGCGCUCAGCGCCAGCGCCGAGGAGGUGGAAAGCCCCCCUGGGGACAGCCCCUCCGGCUGCCGGGCCACCCCGGAGGUCACGGAGGUCACGGAGCCCGCGCCAGGCCCGGCCCCCUGCUUGGAGUGCCCACUUUGGCCAGAAGACUCCCCGCACCCUGAUCCCGGCGGCAGACACCACAGGCAGGAGCCAGCCCUGGAGAGCCCAUGGCCCCGCCCUGAGGACGCAGCUGGACACGCUGGGAGUUCGUCUCCCCACGUUCCCGAGGAGGACAUGGCGCCUCCCGGCACCCACCCCGCCACCCCCGUGCAGACCCCGCCAGGUCCCGACGGGCCGGGCCACGGUGGGCAGGAGGAGGCGGAGCUGACGCUGGCAGCGCCCAGCCCCGAGGGCGCAGAGGGCGCAGAGGCAGAGUGCUCGGAGGGCCUCGCCCCACGCCCCCCAGCCUCCAGGAGCUGCCUGAAGCACCAGGUCCUGGCGAGCAGGGGCCUCAGUGUGUCCCCCACACCGCCCGCCGUCCAGUCACCCCCACAGGAGCCCGCCCCCCAGUCACCCCCACAGGAGCCCGCCGUCCAGUCACCCCCACAGGAGCCCACCCCCCAGUCACCCCCACAGGAGCCCCCUCCCCAGUCACCCCCACAGGAGCCCGCCCCCCAGUCACCCCCACAGGAGCCCACCCCCCAGUCACCCCCACAGGAGCCCCCUCCCCAGUCACCCCCACAGGAGCCCGCCCCCCAGUCACCCCCACAGGAGCCCGCCCCCCAGUCACCCCCACAGGAGCCCGCCCCCGAGACAUCCCCACAGGAGCCCGCCCCCUGUGGCCUGGACAAGGAGGCCGCCCCCCCGAAGCCCCCCAGCACGGAGCAGGGCGAGUCCCCGCAGCCGGGAGCUGAGCGGGAGGCGCCGGAGCAGAAAACCGGGAGAGGGGGCGGCAGGCCCCGGGGCGGGAGGAAGUUCUCCGUGUCCUCGGGCCGGGCCUGGCCGCACGCGGGCCACAGGGAGCGGCCGGCGCGCCCCGGCCCCCCGGCCCCCGCCGCCGCCCCCGCCGCCGCCCGGCUGCCCCUGGCGCGGAGCCGGCCGGCCUGGAGGAGCGAGGCCGCCCUGGAUGACCCCCCGGCGCCCCCAGAGCGCCAGAACCCCAAACGGGAGCCUCAGGAGCCGCCGUCGCCCGCUGGGCACGGCCCUCAGGACUCGGGGGGGAGGGGGGCCUUCCCGGCCAGGCCCAGGCAGAGGCCCCCCGAGGCGGCGGCCACGCCGGCCACGGGAGAGCCCCGCCCCGCCGCCCAGGAGCCGCCCCCGAGCGGGGACAGGAGCCCCUUCCCCGUCAAGCUCCGGGCCACGUCCCUCUCCUUCAGGCACAGAGACGCGCCCGCGCCGGAGGGGAAAGCAGCCAAGAGGCACAGCGCCGAAGUCAGGCUGGAGAAGGGGGGACUGACGCUGCUCGUCAAAGAUGACAAGUGUCACGCGGGGGCGCCCCCCACGCCCCGGGGGACCAGGUCCCCCAACGGCCAGGGGCGGGGGAAGGCCCAGGCAUCCGAGCAGACGGGCUUCAAGCCACCCCUGCCCCGGAAGCCGCUUCUGCAAGCCCUCACCCUCCCGUGCCCGCCCGCGGGCCCCGCCAGCAGCCCCGGAGAACCGGCCCCGGGGCCCCGAAAGGAGAGCCGGCCGGCGGAGAAGCGGCCGCCCCGCCGGGGAGCCGAGAAGGGCCUGCCUCCCGCAGCCCCGGGGCCUGGAGCCGAGGGCCAGCCUGGGCCGCCCUGGAUCACCAUCACCCCACAGAAGCGGCGAGGGGCCCCGGAGCAGCCGCCCAACCAGGAGGACAAGCCUGGGGAGCCCGAAAUAGGAAAGCCAGCCAAGGCACCCGAGCGGGCCCAGGGGCCGGUGAGGCAGGCCGACUUCACCCGCAGCAAGUCCUUCCUGAUCACCCCGGCGAAGCCCGCAGACCGCCGGCAGGGGAGCAAGCUCUGCCUCCAGGAGGGGCUGCAAAGAGGGAUCUCCUUGUCCCACCAGAACUUGGCAGCCCAGUCGGCGGCGAUGGCGGAGAGGGAGCUGCACCAGCUGAAGAGAGCCAGCUAUGCCAGUGCCGAGCAGCCGUCCUGGAUGGAGCUCGCCAGAAAGAAGUCUCAGGCGUGGAGCGACAUGCCCCAGAUCAUAAAAUAG